AUGGCAAUGUGGGUGGAGGUGGAACAGUUGAAGGGGAAGGAGGUGAUUGAGAAACAGAUGGAGGGGAUGCAUCAUGUGAAGGAGGCAAAGGAGUACAUUUCGGUGGCUUUAUGUGUGGUGGUGCAGGUUGUGUUGAAGAAGGUUGUGAGCGUGGGUUGUUUGUUUAACAAUGGAGGAAACAUCAUCAUGUUAGUCCUGGAAGAAAGUGAGGAGGUUGUGUUGUUGGCAGCAACAUUGAGGGACAAGAUAAAUCCACAAGCUGCUGAUGCCACGCUACUGCUAGCCAUGGAUAAUACUCUCUGUGUGUUUCUCUAA